AUGCUCAAUUUCGCAGUCAUCGGCACCGGCUGGAUCACCGACUCGUUCAUCGAGUCGGCCCACGCGACGGGCGCCUGGAAGCUCGUCGGCGUCUACUCGCGCAAGCAAGAGACGGCCUCGGCCUUUGCGUCCAAGCACGGCGCACCCUCGACCUACACGACGCUCGACGCGCUCGCCGCCGCCGCCGACGUGCACGCCGUCUACAUCGCGUCGCCGAACUCGCUGCACCACGCGCAGGCCAAGCGCCUCCUCGCCGGCAGCAGCAACAACAACAAGCAGCACAUCAUCCUGGAGAAGCCGUCGACGUCGACGGCGGGCGAGUUCGAGGAGCUGCACGCGCUCGCGCGGGACAAGGGCGUGUUCGUGCUCGAGGCGAACCGGCACCUGCAGGAGCGCAACUUCGGGGUGCUGCGCGAGGCCCUGGGCCGGCUGGGCCCCGUGUACGGCGCCAGCCUCAACUACGCGGCGUACUCGUCGCGCUACAACGCGGUGCUGGCGGGCGAGACGCCCAACAUCUUCAGCCUCGCCUUCUCGGGCGGCUGCCUCGUCGACCUCGGCGUCUACCCCAUCGCCGCGGCGGUGGCGCUGUUCGGCCGGCCCGGGGCGCAGUCGUACAGCCCCGUGUUUGUGGCGACGGGCGCGGACGGCGGCGGGUUCGUGCGGCUGCAGUAUGAGGGGUUUGCGGUGGAUAUCAACCAGAGCAAGAUUUAUACGUCGGCGGCGCCGAGCGAGGUGUAUGGCGAGAAGGGGACGUUGAUUGUGAACGGGGUGACGGACAUCGACAGCGUGGUCUUUUUGGAUGCGCGGACGAAGGAGAAGACGCAGCUGGCGGGCGAGAAGGCGAAGCUGAACUUGCAAGAGGAGGCGGCCGAGUUUGCGCGGAUAAUCGGAGAGAGGGACGAGGCGGCGGCGAAGAAGCUGGAGGAGAUGAGCAGGAUUGUUUUGGGCAUCACGACGGAUCUGAGGAAGCAGAAUGGCAUCGUGUUCGAUGUCGAGAAGAACUAG